CUCAGUGGUCAGUGUAGGUUGGAGCUGCAGGGUGAGACUGUUAGCUACGGAGGACAAUGGUCUUGCAGACGCUACCUAAGUGAAAGCCACGGAUCUGUGGCUCUUCUGUUUCCUUGCCCUAUCCCUUCUCAAGCCUGAGUCACCAUGUCAGGAGCCUCCAAGGAGAGUCUGGGCUCCCGGGGUCUGCCGGUGUUGGGCAAGGCCUGUCUCACCGCCAUGGACAACAAGCUUAAUGUGCUGAAUGAGAAGGUGGACAAACUCUUGCAUUUCCAGGAAGAUGUCGCAGAGAAACUGCACUGUGUGUGCCUGGGCAUGGGCCACCUGGAGCAAGGCCUGCAGCGGCUGGAGGCCUCCCAAGGGCUGGACCUAGCGGGAGCUGACUGUGCUUCUCCAGCUGACGCUCAGGCUGAGGUCCUGGAGCUGGUGAGAGCUGUGAAGCAGGAUGGUGCCCAGCACAGUGCCAGGCUUGAAUCCCUCUUCAGGAUGGUGGUGGCUGUGGACAGGGCCAUCGCUCUCGUGGGCACUGCUUUCCAGAACUCCAAGUUGGUGGAUUUCAUCAUGCAAGGGAGGAAAGGCAGCCUGGCUGAUGGCCCUGAGGAGAACAAAGAGCCAGCGGAGGAGAAGGGGGCAAAACCAAAGCACACGCUGAGCACCAGGGGUGCGCAAGCUGCCCUCAGGGAGCCUUGGGAAGAGAGCCAAAAGGUGAAUCUGCCAGCCGGGACGGUGGAGAGGCUGCCCCCCAUCACAGCGUCAGGGACGGGAGCUGCCCUUCUCUCCCAGGCGAGGAUCUCAUCAGGGCAGGAAGAUGGAGUUCCUUGCCCAGGACAGGUGUCCCCUGGUGACCUGCUGCUGCCCGCAGAGGCCUGUGCCAAAGCUCUGGAAACAUCCAGUGAGAACCCCCGGAAUGGCCUGGAAUCAUCUGUAGUACCUGACAGGGUUGGCGAGGCUCCCGCUAGCCAGGAGGUGGCAUCAGGUGCAAGACAAGGAGCAUCAUCCAGCAGGCCUGACACUCGGCUUUCGGAGGAGGGCAUGAGGCUAAUGUCAGGGCCCAUCCCUCUGUCUGCAGGGCCCCUGGGGCCCCCAGCCCUGACCGGGACGGCUCGCAGUGGUGGAGAAGUACCUCGAAGGGUCUCCAUUCAUGUGCACCAAGUGGAUACUCCUGGGGAGUUGCUUGUGACACGAGGGGGCAGCCUUACACCCACUCUCCCUGCAGAGGCUCCCACAGCUGCCCACCCAGGUGAGCAGGACCUUCCUGGGCCCGGGCGCUGCUCCCAAGCCACUGGGACUGGGUCAGGAGCGCAGACUUCCCUAUUGCCGAGGAGGAGCAGCCACCCAGCAGAUGAAGAGGAGCGGCGUUGUGGGGCUGAGCCCAUCACAGGACUAAGCACGGCCAGAAGGGACGAAGGAGAUACUGCUGCUGAAGCCCUGGGGAUACAGCAAGGAAAAGGCCCAGGAGCAGGGCACCCGGAUCCUGGGAAAGACUUUGCAGCUGGAAGCUCCAGAGGAGCUGACGCAGGAGGGAGGUCACCCUCUGCUGCUGAGGCUGGCAGCACGGUUCUGGAUGACAGUCCAGCCCCCGCAGCCCCCUUUGGACACCGGGUGGUGAAUGUCAAGGAGACAGCAAUCUCGGCAGGUUACACAGUGUGCCAGCACGAGGUCUUGGGAGGGGGCCGGUUUGGCCAGGUCCACAAGUGCACAGAGAAGUCCACGGGCCUCCCACUGGCUGCCAAGGUCAUCAAAGUGAAGAGUGCCAAAGACAGGGAGGAUGUGAAGAAUGAGAUCAACAUCAUGAACCAGCUCAGCCAUGUGAACCUGAUCCAGCUGUACGAUGCCUUUGAGAGCAAGAACAGCUUCACCCUCAUCAUGGAGUAUGUGGACGGGGGUGAACUCUUUGACCGGAUCACAGAUGAAAAGAACCACCUGACCGAGCUGGAUGUGGUCUUGUUUACCAGGCAGAUCUGUGAGGGGGUGCAUUACCUCCACCAGCACUAUGUCCUGCACCUGGACCUCAAGCCGGAGAACAUAUUGUGUGUCAGUCAGACGGGACACCAAAUUAAAAUCAUUGACUUCGGGCUGGCCAGAAGGUACAAGCCUCGGGAAAAGCUGAAGGUGAACUUCGGUACUCCUGAGUUCCUAGCCCCGGAAGUUGUCAACUAUGAGUUUGUUUCCUUCCCCACGGACAUGUGGAGUGUGGGAGUCAUCACCUACAUGCUACUCAGUGGUUUGUCCCCAUUUCUAGGGGGAACAGAUGCAGAGACCAUGAAUUUCAUUGUGAACUGUAGCUGGGACUUUGACGCUGACACCUUUGAAGGACUCUCAGAAGAGGCCAAAGACUUCGUUUCCCGGCUGCUGGUCAAAGAGAAGAGCUGCAGAAUGAGUGCCACACAGUGCCUGAAACAUGAGUGGUUGAAUAAUUUACCUGCCAAAGCCUCAAAAUCCAAAGUUCAUCUCAAAUCCCAACAAUUGCUGCAGAAAUACAUGGCCCAGAGAAAAUGGAAGAAACAUUUCUACGUGGUGACUGCUGCCAAUAGAUUGAGGAAAUUUCCAACUUCUUAAUAUUCAACUCUCCUACUUCAAAAGGCCUGGAAAUUACUGAGGCCUUUGUUGAUUUGAAGAGAUGAUUCAAGAUUUUAAAUAAUCUGGCAUUUUAUUAUUAUUGAUUCUUCUACUUUUGUAACAACAACAACAAAAAGUUGACUGUUGCUUUCCUUAUGGCUGUAAAGAAAGCAUCUUAGAAACUUUUUUUUUCCUGUAAGAUCACGAAGUUUGAAAUGCGGUUUACUUUUCAAGUAUUAAAAUGUAGGCAUACUUAGGUAAGUAGGAAAGACCCUCCUUUGCACAUGCCAAAUUUAAAUUUGAAACUUGGCUGUUACGCGAGGCAUGUUACUCAGAAUUGCCUCUUCCAGUGCAAAUAUUCCAAACAAAGAAAUCCUAGCAUGUUGACUUGCUUAGGUUUGAGCAGAUCUUGUGUUACCCUCAUCUAGUGUCAUGUGGCACGGGUUUAGGACAGCGACAACAGACUCAUUUAAACUUUUGUUCUCUUAAGAAUCAAGACCAACAGGCUUCCUUUAGUUUUGUGGAAAAUUUCAAAGUAUAUUCAUCAUGACUAAAUCUGAAAAAUUUUUACUUGAUUUUAGCCAAAAGGCCAAGAAGCAGUUAAGUCUGAAAUUUUGAACGUGUUUUUAAAUUCUGUACCCACCUCCACUCUCUUGCUUACUUCUAUGGCUUUGUCCCUCUCUUCUUGGUUAUGAACUUCUGGUCUUGUAAGUCUGAAAAAUGAUAUGCGGUGUAUGACGUGAAACUGCCUGGCGAACUCAAGGUCCUGUGUUCGAUCCCCGGUACAAAAAAUAUAUAUAUACGGAGUGAAAUAAGAAUGUAAUGGUGUUUAAACCUCCUGGGAGGAACACAGAAAUAAUAUAGUUUGAAGCAAUAAAGAAAUGCUCUCCUACUGCUUUACUAAGGAUGUACUACUUCGGAUAUUUUACAUAUAUACCGGUGCUUCUUAUAUACUGGUGCAUUUAAAAACUUUACUCCAUGCAUUAAAAUAGCCACCUCGUCCAUUCCCUGAAAUACCACUCUCCUCAAUACGGUGAGCAACUAAAAUAUUUACAAACUCCCCGUGCAUACAUUUCAGCACUCUCCUCUGUUUUUUGUUUUUGUUUUGUUUUGAUAAAGGGACUUACUACACACUUCAGGCUGGCCUUGAACCCACUGUGUAGCCCAGGCUGGCCUUGAACUUGUGGCAAACCUCCGGCCACCAUGGCUGGCUCAUUUCAGCACUUUAUCCCUUUAUUAAAGGGAAUACUGUAUUAUUCAAAAGCUAACACUUUCUAAAAUUUCUUCACUUCUGCAAUGAUGUUUUUGUUUUGUUUUUUGAGACAGGGUCUCAC